CUACACUUUCAUACUAUUUUUCUCAUCCUUCAUUACCAAAUAUCACAUUUCAAUUGAUCUUAGAAUUGAGUACAAUGGAUUCCAAAUCAUCAUUCCUCAUCCUUGGCCUAAUGGCCAUGAUUCUUCUUAUUUCCUCAGAGGUGGCAGCUAGGGACUUAACUGAGACUUCCACUAAUACCAAAGAGGGAGAAGACAACGGACAGGAACCAAUUUCCUAUGGUGGUUAUGGAGGCUACGGUCAUGGCGGUGGUUACAAUAAUGGUGGCGGUUAUCAUAAUGGUGGAGGGGGUUACAAUAAUGGUGGUGGAUACCAUAACGGUGGUGGUGGUUACAACAACGGUGGUGGUUACCAUAAUGGCGGAGGUGGUUACAACAACGGUGGAGGUUAUCAUAAUGGUGGUGGUGGCUACAAUGGUGGUGGUUACCAUAACGGCGGAGGUGGUUACAAUGGUGGAGGUGGUUACCAUGGUGGUUACAACAAUGGUAACUGAUUAUAUCAAUGUUCUUAUUAAGAAAAUUUCAUGAAUAAAUAAUGGUAAGUGUUGAACAAAAGAGGUAUAUUAAUCUAUCUUCCCACAAUUUAGUAUAGUUAUUUCCCAACUCUGUAAAUCACUAUGUAUAUGUGAUGAUGAGUUUGAUUUCUGACAAAAGUGGUGAAUGUUUUGUCAUUUGUAAUAUAUCACAUAUCAUCGUUGUUAGUAAUAAAAAGGCAUGUAUUAAUCAUAAACAUGAUCAAGAAAAUGAACUUCACCCUUUAGAGUA